AUGUCGCAAGCAUUGCAAGCUUUUCAGAGAGAAACUGGAACUUUUCUAGAUGGCUAUCGUACGGAGGAGGGCAUUCUCAGAAUGCAUGGAACCAAAAAGUCAAAGCACCAAACCAAGCAGGCGAUUCUUAUCAGAAUAAAGAAGGAUGCAGCAAAAAUAAGUCGCUACAGAAGGCUUUCGAAUGAAGUUCUUAGUAGAAAAGAGGCUCACAAGUAUGAUGAUGAAUCAUUCAAGCUAACGACACAGCUUUUAGAUUGGAAUCCGGAAUUCUACACCAUAUGGAACUAUAGGAGAGAUAUUUUGACCAAUUUUAAGUUUCUGGCCGUUUCCGAUAGUGAGGAAAAGCAUCAUUUACUGGUCAAGGAGCUCCAGUAUAUUUUAUUGAAGCUGAAAAGCUUCCCCAAAUGCUACUGGAUAUGGAAUCAUCGCAAAUGGUGUUUGAAGCAGGACUGCCGAGCUGAUUUCAGUGUGGAAAUGCAUUUUAUUGGUCAAUUCUUUGAAGUAGACCCUAGAAAUUAUCACGCUUGGGGAUAUAGACAGUUCAUAGUACAAUGUAUGAAGGAUUCCAUGGGUCUUGAGGGAGAAAGACCAAAAAUAGACUACCAGGAGUUCAAGUUCACUACGAAAAUGAUUAACAAGAACAUUUCCAACUAUUCGGCUUUCCAUAACCGGUCCAAUUUGGUAGGAAAGCUCUUUGACCAAUCACCCAAUUGCACUGACAUCAACGAGACAGAUGUAAACUUACAGAGAUAUUUGAGUGCUUUCAGCGGCAAGUCUAAGAAACAGGUCUUGGAACUUGAACUUAAUAUGUUCCAAAACGCAAUUUAUACGGAUCCAGACGAUUCCUCCGUGUGGAUCUACGCUAGAUGGCUAUUCGGCGACUAUUUCCUAGAUGAUUUGACCUUCAAUGAGGGAGUAACACUUAUUAAUAAAGCCAACAAAAUCAUAGAAGAACUCGCCGAGUUGGAGAAAGAGGACAAUCGUGGAAUCGAUAAUCAAUGGUGCUUGAAAACGCAGUUGUAUCUAUUAAAACAGUUGUAUAAAUUAUACAAGGCAGAGGAUGAUAGUGGUGUGAACUAUCCUGAAGAUGACGCUAGAGAAUUCGAUAAGAUGAGAAAUAGGCUGCUGGAACUUGACCUAAUGAGGGCACAGAGGUACAAGAAUCUUUCUUUAGAUAACUAA